UGUCUCAAACGUUGUGACGUGUGUUGUGGAAAUGGCCGAGGAGGGACAAACCCACAAGACAAUGUUAAGCUUUUUAACUCCGUCAAACAAACACCGCGGGUGAACGACGUCUCUCCGGCGGACACGAAGGACGGUCGCGGAGGGGGAGGGAGUUCGAAGGAACCGACGAGCGACUCGAACCGCCCCGGACCAGCGCCUUUUCUUCCCCCGGGGAGGAGGGCGCUGAGUGAGGGUUAGUGAGGGAGCCACCAUGGAGGACAUCAACUCGAAUAUUAACGCCGACUUGGAGGUGAGGAAGCUCCAGGACUUGGUGAAGCAGCUCGAGAAGCAGAACGAGCAGCUCCGGGGUCGCUCCAUGAUGAUGUCGGCGCACCACAGACCCCACAGCGCCGGCUACGAGUCCUUGUCGGCGGCGUCGUCGGCGGCGGCGCUGCUCUCGGGGCGCGACAUGGCCGGCUUCGCCCAAGGGGUGGGGUUAGGCUACGGCGACCUGUUGGAGAACCGCCGCUGCCGGAGCCCGCGGCUCUCCUUCGACGGCGUCAGCUUCAGGAGGCCGUACGAGAGUGAGGGCGCCUCGGCCGCCACCUCCGGGUCGGCCCGGAACUCGCGGUGCUCGGAGGGCGAGACGUCUAUCCUGGACCAGGUGGACGUCUUGGACCUGGAGGUCAUGGACUGUUUGCACGAGGACGAAGACAGCUGGCUGUACGAGGCCAAGCUGAACAGUCCCCUGCAGAAGGCGCUGAGCCCCGUCGUGUGGUGCCGCCAGGCCUUGGACAACCCGAGUCCGGACAUGGAGAUGGCCAAGCGCUCGCUCAUCCACAGGCUGGACCUCACCAUGUCUGCAAACAAGCGUCGGAGCCUCUACGGGAGCUGCUACAACCAGCAGGUGACCUACGGGAGCCCGUACAGCCCAAACGCCGCCAACAGCCCCUACAGCAGCGGAUUCAACUCGCCCUCCUCCACGCCCAGCAAGGUGCCCGUCGUCAGGCAGCAGCUGAUGCCCGUCAACGCAGCGCACCAGCGCAACGCGGCGGCGGAAAGGAACCCGCCGGCCAUCAGCCCUCAGUCGUCGGUGGACAGCGAGCUGAGCACCUCCGAGAUGGACGAAGACUCGGUGGGCUCGUCCACCACCUACAAGCUCAACAACGUCAACGACGUUCAGAUUCUGGCGCGUAUGCAGGAAGAGAGUCUGAGGCAGGACUACGCCGCCUCGGCCUCCCGACGCAGCUCGGGCUCGUCCUGCCACUCGCUGCGUCGCAGCACGUUCAGCGACCAGGAGCUGGACGCGCACAGCCUGGAGGACGAGGAGGAGGCGGCGCACCCGGCCUUCCACCUGCCCUCCAGCCGCUUCAGCCCCUCGCCUCGCCACUCGCCGCGCGCCUCCCCGCGGAACUCGCCGCGCUCGCGCUCCCCGGCCCGCUCCGUGGACUACGGCCGCGGCUCGCCUCAGCCCGCCAUCAGCCGCCUGCAGCAGCCGCGCCACUCGCUCCAGGGCCACGACACGCAGACCAAUGUGGUCAAGAACGAAGAAAAGCUGCGUCGUAGUCUUCCUAACCUCACGCGCUCCAACGCGGCGCCCCCCCAAGGCCCGGAGCCCGUCAAGAACAGCCGAAGCUGCGAGUCCAACCUGCAGCUGCCAAAUGGAGGAUCCCCAAGACACCAGAGCCAAUCAGCUCCAGCACCUCAGCUCCCGAGACACUCGACCCCCAAAACCAAACAGCACCUCCAAAGCCCGACAGCGCGGCGAGUCCCACUCUCCUGUUGCUUCGGCGACGAAGUUGACUUCAUUCCGCCGUCCAGCAAGCUGCGGGCGCCGGCCGCACCCUCGCCGCUGGCCUUGAGGCAGCCCGUCAAGGCGACCGCCAACCCCGCCGGCUCCGCCGCCGCUGCCACCGUGCCCGGCCGCUCCCUGAUUCCGCCCCGCAGCGGCCUGCCUCGCCCCAGCGUCCCGGCAGGUAGCGGCGGAGGCAUCCCUCUGCCUCGCAGCAAACUGGCACAGCCUGUGCGCAGAAGUCUACCGGCUCCUCGCAUCUACAGCGGCACCAGAGACAACUUGAGGGAAAGCUACUAGCUGUUUGCCCAGCAGAGGGCGCUCUAAUCAAACUGUCAAUCGUGCGAGGAGUGAGACCGCAUGGCACUUUAUUCUACCUUGAUGACUCUUAAAUCACAAUGUCCCAGGAAUAUUAAAAAAAACAAAACAUAUACAGAAUUCAUAAGAGGAGGACAUCCUCCAGAGAGGCCCGUGAGAACGCCAAAGAACAAACUCAGCCUUCUCUGCCAUGUACGCCACGCCAGAGGGCUCAUUUUUUAUUUUUCAUCCUCCUUUAAGCCUUCGCGCACGUCGGCGAGGAACCUCGAAGACGACAGUGAGCAUCCUCUGUGAUGAUGUCGGCCAGCAACCGCUGUCAUCACAGCGGGAGACAUCGACAUCGGCGAGUAACUUCGAUGAUGCCGUCAGAGAGCGAGCGUGCUGAGACACCCAAACGAUGACAUCGCCGUGCGACCUCUGCGAUGCUGUCGGCGAGCGUCCGCCGCAGUAGCACCAGUGCGGGGCGGUCCUAUUAAAACAAAUCUUUCCUCGUUAAAAAAAAAACGAAAGAAAGAAAAAGCACUCAGACAGAAUGCACAAGUUUAUUUAUUAAAAUUAUUUGUAGGGAUCCUCUGAUAUUCUGACACUUAAAAAGUGCUUAUGUAGCUACUAGAGGAGUUCUCUUGUCUCCAGCGAUGACACAGGCAAGUGCUUGUUGACAAAUUCUGGGCCAGAGCACUGGAAUACUUCAUAUGCUACGUUCAAGAAAACUGGGAAAUGUGAUAUCUCCGAGCGCCAACCAGAAAAAUCACCACUAAGCAGAUCUAAAACAUGCAAAUGCGGUGAAGACUGCUGGAAGUUCUUCCUUCAACCAGGGCUAAACUUAGCGCCUCCCAAAUAUAUAAAGAUCAUAAAACAGUCCACAAUCCAGUGUAGCUCUAUUACAAUUACUACUUUCCUAUUAGCCAUCGAAUUUGCGGCACUUUAUGGUGUUACAGAAAGAGCACAAAAAUACGCCGCGAAUGUGGCCGAACAACGGAGGAUCCCUUAAAGACGCCGCACGUCCAUAUCAGUAUUUUUUUAUUAUUAUUUUUUUUUAUGUUUUCUUAUGUACGUUUGAACCUCAAUUUGCAUAGCUAACGCUCCAAAGCAUUUUAUACGUUUCCAAAGGCUCGACUUGCGCUUUUUUUUUUUU